UUGUACAAAGAAUUUGACGUGUAGUGAAUUAUUAACUUUUUAUCAUAAAGGAAAUUUCCUAUCAAAUUAACUGGUAAAGUCAGUGAUGUGUUAAUCUAAUCAGGCCAGGUGGUAUUAAGCAAGAAUGUCACGCCUUGAUAACAUCGAUGCACUUGAAAAACAAUUAGCCGACUUGCAAAUGACAAAUAAGGAAUUCAGUUCUAUUAGUAAGGGAAAAAAAAUCCCACCAGUUGUGCCGCCAAAAAAGAAAGCUCAACCUCAAGUCCCUCGUAGUGCUGCCGUCAGCACCCUACGUGAGCCAUCAUAUUCUACUAAAAUAUCACCGGUACUGAACAAUAAUGCUGCUACUCAAAAUCAAAGUCUCAGCAAUGUGCAUUUGACAGCAGCCGAUUAUGCUAAUAUAAGCCAUUCGAAUGUGCCCGGUGCUUCCUUCAGUCACAAUACACCGCAAACUUAUAACACGACUUACAGUAACCUGCCACCAUACCGAAAUAAUAAUGACAGUCUUCCACCGCCGCCACUUCCACCACCACUUCACAUUCCAGCAUCCAAGUCGUAUGACAACAAUCAGGGUCAUGAAGAAUACUUGCCUCCUCCAUCUCCAGUCAGCUCAAACUACAGUGAAUUAGUUCGGGCUACAGCAAAUUUGAAUUAUAACCAGGAAAGGCAAAAUUAUCCGCCUAUUUACCAAAAUGAAUUUGGUGACUAUGGUGCGUCACAAGGAUCAUAUGAGUACGCCAUAUAUGAACCUAUAAAUCCUCGUCCACAGAGCAGUCUUUCGGGACAGAACACGUUUCAUAACUAUCGAAACAAUGUACCAUCUCCUGGAAAAUCUCCGCUUCCCAAGGAAGAGGAAGUUGACGUUCUAACAAACAUGUUAGUACAGUCUAUAUCCGACAGUCAGGAUUUGGAUGUUUUUGGUAUCUGCGUAAAAUGCGACGGUAAAGUAGUCGGUGAAAGUUCAGGAUGCACAGCUAUGGGUAAUAUGUAUCAUGUCCAGUGUUUUAGUUGCUAUCGUUGUAAUACGAAUCUGCAAGGAAAACCUUUUUAUGCCGUUGAAGGCCACCCUUUCUGCGAAACAGAUUAUUAUGAAACUCUGGAAAAAUGUUCCGUGUGUACUAAACCAAUCCUAGACAGGAUUUUAAGGGCAACAGGCAAGCCGUAUCACCCCACUUGCUUUACAUGUGUAGUAUGUGGUAAGAGUCUUGAUGGCAUUCCAUUUACUGUUGAUGCAAUGAAUCAAAUUCAUUGUAUUGAAGAUUUUCAUAAGAAAUUUGCCCCACGGUGUUGUGUGUGCGAACUACCAAUAAUGCCCGAAGAAGGUCAAGAGGAAACUGUUCGUGUUGUUGCACUUGAUCGCAGUUUUCAUGUUCGAUGCUACCGAUGUGAAGAUUGUGGGCUCUUACUGUCUUCAGAGGCCGAAGGACGUGGGUGCUAUCCACUUGAUGAUCAUAUUCUUUGUAAAAAUUGCAAUGCUCACCGUAUACGCAUGCUUACGGUUCCAGUUAUGACGACCGACCUGUAAAGCAGGAGUGAGUCGUGAAUCAUUUGUCAUACUCAU